AUGUCUAGAGAGGCGGCUUCUCAGACUCCUCUGCGUCGCUCUAAGCGUGGCCAGCCUCUUGUCUCUGAGCCUACCUUGCUGCAGGUACCAAAUCUUGCCGAUGCUGCGUCCGCUCAACCUGUGUAUACUCGGACAACUCAACCAAAUGACCUCUACGAGGAAGAGCGGGAGGUGGAGGACUUGGCUCUCAAAAACCUGGAAACACGCUUCUAUGCGAAGUUUGUCAGGAGAGAACCUACAGCGAAUAGGCGAGCCUCUAGAAGCGAUGGAAAGGCACGAGGCGGUGCCGCAUCUGCUGAUGACAGCGAUCGCUUGCGGGUCGAGGAAUUUAAGAUUGGCGAUCCAGUGGUCGUGAAGACCCUCUCGAAGGAGCCAAGUAUUGCGAUCAUUGCCGCUAUCUGGGAGAUCGUGCAAGAGGGCGAGCCAGACGAUAAGGGCCUAAGGGUUAUGGUACAUUGGUUCAGUCGACCUUCGGAGCUCCCUGCUAUUAGGGCGCGCCGAGAGCACCUAGAGAAUGAGAUUUACUACACCCUUAGAUCGACCGCCACACUUCCCCCUUCUAGUAUCAUUUCACACUGUCUUGUCUCCUCCACGGUGCCAAGCUCUCCAGUUCUGGGUAAACGGAAACGAGCAAGUCGGCCUCGCCAAAGCGACGAGAUCAUACCUACAUUCUACUGCAAUCUCGCUGUCAACCCACGCAGAGGGCUGUUCUACGCGCUCAAUUGGGAGGAAUUUCACGAAGGGGCACUCAGCGCUGUCGUUAACGAGGCCGACGCGAAGACACCGCGGAAGAAGGCUCGUGAGACCCCAGGGCGAGGUCCUGCACGUCCAGGCGCAGCCGACGCACGACUUCUGUCGAUCCCGGAGAGCCAAAGUGCCAUUGAGGCCGCAGAGGUACGGGCGAUGGUCGCCGAGUCCGACGAUGGCAGCUCAGAUGCAGAUGACUUCCGUCCUGCGCCGGACGAUGAGGAAGAUGACGAAAUAGACGAAGGCGAGGGCGAUGCCGAGGAAGAAGUAGUCGCCGCAAUUGCGACUCCUCAAACACCCCGCACACCCCGCACGCCUCGUACGCCUCGCCGAUCGGCUGCUACACCUCGGAAAUCUCGUACGCAACGCGUGGACACCUCCGCGCUCGCACAGCCUACGCCACACUCAAAGGCUGCUUUACGCAAACGUAGGCGCACUGCACUCGCCGUUCGACCUCCACCACAGACCGAAUCUGGCGCCAAUCUGCAUUUACAGCUCGACGCUCAGCUGGGUCCGAAGGCGAGCAAGAAUCCGUGGCUUCGUGCGAUGCAUGUGCUGCAUGUCGCUGCACGCCCAGAAGCCCUCCCAUGUCGAGAGGAAGAAUACGGGCGAAUUUUGCGAGCCGUUGAAGAGCUGCUGGAAGAAGGCAGCGGCGGGUGUAUAUAUAUAUCAGGUGUCCCAGGGACAGGAAAAACCGCCACUGUACAUGCAGUAGUCCGAGAGCUCAAACGCAUGGCACAGGAGAAUGAAGCUAACCCCUUUACGUACGUCGAAAUCAACGGCUUGCGUAUACCUGAACCUACGGCUGCGUACGGUCUACUCUGGGAGGCGGUGUGCGGCCAUGAUGCAGCUCGGGAAGGACACAUGAAAAUCAGCUCAAACCAAGCAUUGAGAAUGCUGUCGAAGCAUUUCAGUGCUGGUGAACGAGCCGGACCAGGCGGACACGCAUGCGUAGUGCUAAUGGACGAGCUCGACCAGCUCAUGACAACUAAACAAGAUGUGGUUUAUAAUUUUUUCAACUGGCCCACUUUGGUCGGCUCGAAACUGGUUGUCCUUGCUGUCGCAAAUACUAUGGAUCUGCCGGAACGAGUUAUGACUGGCCGCGUGAGGAGUCGACUCGGGAUGGUGCGAAUCAACUUUCAGCCAUACACAACGCCACAGCUUGAGAAGAUCGUCCAUGCACGUUUGCAAAGCGCGAGGGAAGGCCUGCUUGCCAACACCCCCGUUGUGAUUGCGCCCGACGGUAUCAAAUUUGCAGCAAUGAAGGUAUCUUCGAUCAGCGGCGACGCAAGACGCGUACUCGACAUUUGCAGGCGAAGUGUCGAGCUCGUACAACCUCUCUCGCGCACGGCGAAGACCGAAGAUGUACGGGAUGUAAUCAAGGACAUGCAGAAUAGUCCGACGGCGGGAUAUUUGCGCGAGCUGAGCUUCCACGAGCGUGUCAUGCUCGCUGCCUUGGUAAAGUGUGUGAAGAAACAAGGUGUAGAAGAGAUCAAAUGGGCUGACCUUGAGCAUCAACACUUGGUUUACGUGAAUCUUCUACAUGACGAAAGUAACCCUCCGUACAAGCCAACCACUGCUGAGCUCUGUGUAGUGCUCGAUUCAUUGCUUGCCUCACGGGCUAUGAUAUAUGAGGAUGGCGUGUCUGCGGAACGUAAAGCAGAAUCGGCUAGGCGGGUUGCUCUGACAUUGGAACAUGGGGAAGUUGAGAGAGUAUUGGGGGACCUAGGAGGAACUAGAUGGAAGAAUGCAUUGAACUAA